CCUCCCUCCCUCCCUCCCCUCCGGCAUCCCGGCGCGGGGACUCGAGCACCGGCUGCGCAGCUCCGGCAGGCAGCUCCAGCAGGCAGGCAGCUCCAGCAGGCAGCUAAGGCGGGCGCGGGGCGCGGGACGGCAGCCCCCCGGGGGGGCUCCUCCUUUGUGGCCGGCGAUGGUGGCGGCGUUGGGUGCCGGGGCGCUCUCGGCUCUGCGGUGAGCGGCCGGCGCGCUGGAGGCGCGGCAGGUCCCGGGAGCCAGCCGGCUGUCAGCGGUGGCAGAGCGAGGCCGGCGGAGGUGAAAGCGGCCGGUCCAUGGGGUGCCCCGGAGGCGGCGGCGGCGGAGGAGCGGUCCCGGGGACGCCUCCGGCGCGGGAGGCAGCUUGAGCCGGGCCGGCGCGGGACUGCGAGCAGGAGGCGGCGGCGGCGGCGGCAGGCUUUAGAGAGUCAACUGGGACCUGUGUUCAACAUGGAAAUCCGGAUUGUGCUGCUUAUUCUGGGGACCCUGGUGUGCGCUGAGUCAGCAAGAGGCCCACCCAGAAUUGCCGACAAAGUGAUCCACCGGCAAUCUGUGAGGUUAGGAAGAACCAUCAAGCUUUUGUGUCCAGUCGAAGGUGACCCACCGCCUCUCACGAUGUGGACGAAAGACGGGCGGACCAUCCACAGUGGAUGGACGAGGUUCCGCGUCCUUCAACAAGGCCUGAAGAUCAAGGAAGUGGAGAGCGAGGAUGCGGGCAUCUAUAUCUGCAAAGCCACCAACGGUUUUGGCAGCAUGAACGUGAACUAUACGCUCAUUGUGAUCGAUGAUGCCAGCUCAGGAAGGGAGAGUCUGGGACCUGAAAAUCCUAACAGUGGAUCAGAAGAUCAGUUGGGGAAGCUAUGGGCUCGACCGAGAUUCACUCAGCCUGCGAAGAUGAGGCAACGUGUGAUCGCCCGGCCGGUGGGCAGUUCGAUCCGACUCAAAUGUGUGGCCAGUGGCAAUCCCCGGCCGGAUAUCAGCUGGCUAAAAGACAACAAGCCUCUGACCUCGCAGGAGAUUGGCGAGAACAAAAGGAAGAGGUGGACUCUCAAUUUGAAGAACCUGAAGCCAGAGGAUAGUGGGAAAUACACCUGCCGUGUCUUCAACAGGAUGGGCGAAAUCAACGCCACCUACAAAGUGGAAGUGAUCCAGAGGACACGAUCCAAACCCAUCCUUACUGGGACACACCCGGUGAACACAACUGUGGACUAUGGAGGAACAACCUCAUUCCAGUGUAAGGUGAGGAGUGACGUUAAACCGGUGAUCCAGUGGUUGAAGAGAGUGGAAUAUGGCACAGAGAGCAGAUACAAUUCCACCAUUGAUGUCGGCGGGCAGAAGUUUGUGGUGCUUCCCACCGGUGAUGUUUGGUCUCGUCCCGAUGGCUCCUACCUGAACAAACUCAUGAUCUCACGUGCCAAGGAAGAAGAUGCUGGCAUGUACAUUUGCCUAGGGGCAAACACAAUGGGGUACAGCUUCCGAAGUGCGUUUCUUACCGUGUUACCAGAUCCCAAAUCGCCAAGUCAACCCCUGGCACCUUCCUCUACCAGCAGUCUUCCAUGGCCGGUCAUCAUCGGGAUCCCGGCGGGGGCUGUCUUCAUCUUUGGGACCAUCGUUCUCUGGCUCUGCCAAACCAAGAAGAAGCCAUGUUCUGCUCCAGCUGCUACUCCGGGACAUAGGAGCCAGCCUCGCGACCGGGUCUGCACAGCCCAAGUCUCCGAUAAAGACUGCUUGUCCUCCAUGAACUAUGAGGAAUAUGUAGCUCAGCAGCAGCAUUUGUUGACCCAGGGUCCAGUCCUGGCUUCCAGCGCGCCUUCUAAAAUGUACCCAAAGAUUUAUACAGACAUCCACACCCAUACCCAUUCCCACGUGGAAGGCAAGGUACACCAGCACCAGCACAUCCAUUACCCGUGUUAAAGAGGUCCGCCAUUUUAGAACGUUGUGAUGCGAAUCGCUUUGGAUCAGCCGAAACGGCUGGGAAACUGUGGGGAAAAUUAACCCGACACAACCCAACGAAACAUGGUGCGUUGUCCGGGGUGUGUUGUUACUGGGACCAGGAGUAAUGAAGGAAUUCCCAAAUGGCAAAGACGUUCCUUUAGAAGCCCGCUUCAUCUUGGAGAAAAAGCUGCUUCAGUGGCCUGCUAUAACCCUACAAGGUCAAGAGGGUUCGAUCCGACUCCAUCUCCUCAAAGCCAAUCGCACAACGCCAAAGUGCCAAUGCAAAAGGGAAGCGUUUGAGUGGCCUUAUACCAAGAAAAUGGAUGGAUGAGUGUGUGGGGUUGUGUGUGUGCGUGUGUGUUUGUGGGGCGGUGUGUUUCAAGUUGUGAAGCCAAGAAAUGCUGCCUUAGAGUUCACAAUCACCAAACUCCUCAAUCGCUAGAAAGCCUUCUGACCCCAAAACGAAGAACAAUGUAUGGCUCACUUUUAUAUUUAUAUUUAAUUAUGAUCAUGAUGAAUUGAUAAAUGAUGAUGAUGAUGAUGAUGAUGAUGAUGAUGAUGAUGAUGAACUGGAACUGCCGACUUUUUAAAAAUUUAGGACCAGGAUGGUAUGCAAGGAUAUGGAGGUUCACAAAAGUCAGGAUGGUGGCCUUUAAAAGGGGUGGGACUUUGGUCUCCUGUUUAAGGUCACCAUGUCAAUGAAGGCCACCAUCUUGAUGUUUUUGACUCCCUCCGUGCCCCUUCCCCAGCCUCGUAUUCUUCCCUUAUCUGGGGUGUAAACCUCGUCAUCAGAUUUUUCAUGGAUUAUAGCAGAAGAACUUCUUCGUGACAACACAAAUAAGUGGAAGUGUCUUGAAGCAAACGAAUGUCCGUUGUGUCUCAGGAACAACUCAUUUCUGUAAUACGACUUGCAGGUCGAGAGAGACACGUAUUUCACUUCAUUUCUAAGGGGAGAAACAGGCAAAAUGUGACUGUAUUAAAAUGGAGUCAAGGCAGAUUCAGUUAAAAAAGAAAAGAACGUAAACUUUAAAAAAAAAUCUAUAUAGAGUUUAAGCGAAAAUCGUGUAUAUUUAAUUUAUUUUGUAAAAUGUAUAUUUUCUUCCGAUGUAAGCAUUUCUAAAUCCUAUCUUUGACCACGAAUUUAUUUUCGCCCAGGCUCUCAAAUACGAGGAAAAUAAUGUUUAAUCGGGAUCUCGACUGCCCUAUGCUUGCAGUCCUUCAAAGGGUAAACCAUCUUGUGAUAUUUGGAUGCAAGCUCCGCCCCUUUUAUAUUUGCAUGCACUAUUGUGAUACAAGUACACAAAGGGAGAGCUUGAUAUUGUGAGGUCACGGUGCACGGUUUAUCCUUCUGAAGUCAUCCGAAUUAGGAAAGGCACCUUUAUGCUAUUGCUCAUCAUUUUCUAGGCCAGGGGUUCUCAACCUUGGCAACUUUAAGACUUGUGGACUUGUAGCUGGCUGAGGAAUUCUGGGAGUUGAAGUCCACAAGUCUUAAAGUUGCCAAGGUUGAGAACCCCUGUUCUAGGCAAUCCUCUUGUUGGUUCAACAAAACGCGACCUUGCGGUUUUGUUCCAAGAAGCCAUUGUUUGUUUUCUAGCUUGAAAAACAAGCAAAGUUCUGUCACUGAAACAAGAGGGGUUUUUAAAUGAAAUAAUCCUACAGUGGCACAUGGCAGAACCAAAUAUGAAGAAGAAUUUCCAUGGCAAGGUCAUAACUGAUGCCCAAGGAUUUCAACUCAUGAGGUUGGAGCUAUUAAAUGUUUCGCCCUGAAGAAUAUUAGAUUAAGAUUAGCUUUAGGAAUUAAGCUUAAUGAAGAUUAAGAAUGCUAUCAUCGUAUCCCAUUGCAUUUCAUCAUGGGAGGUUUUCAAGAGGAGACGGGACUGCCAUUUGUCCAGGAUGGUAGAAGAAGUCCUCCUGAAUGGGCAGGGGGGUGGACUAGAACAGGGAUCUCCAACCUUGCAACUUUAAGACUUGUGGACUUCAACUCUUUGCUGGCUGAGGAAUUCUGGGAGUUGAAGUCCACAAGUCUUAAAGUUGCAAGGUUGGAGAUCCCUGGACUAGAAGACCUGAUAGUUCUAAGUUCUGUGACUGCAGAUAUUAUGUUUCCUACCAUCUGUUCCUUACACUGUUGGAGAAACCUAAAUUUUAUGGUGAUGUACGAGGAAUACGUCAUCCAUUAAAUUAAAUGCUGCUGUACUACAGGAUGCCUAGAAGAUCUGCUCUUAUCUGAUAGAUAUGCAAAGGGAGGCAAACAAAACAAAAAUAUAUCCAAUUCUCAUCUUUUUCAAAGUUAAGACUUAGGUUGCCCUUUCAGAAAUAUUUUAUUGCUUUGGAAAUACAAUUUCUUCCAGAGGAUAUUCCUGUUUGGAGUCUGCUUCUAAGUAAAUUUCCCCAGAGUCCUUUACAGUCCCAGCGCUGGAGAGCUUUAUUCCUGUUCAUGGGAACAGGGCGGUGGAUGAGGGGUUAUGAGGGCAGUGGAUGAGGGGUUAUGAUCGAAGCGUGCUAUCAGAUUUUGCAUCCGCGCAUCCUGCAAAUCUUUUAGGCUGUUAGGGUUGGUUCAUGAAACUUAAGAGUUCAUGGAUAAAGCACAGUUUUUUCUUGCUCUGUUAAAUCAGUUUGCCAGGUUUAGAAAGACCAAGACAUGGAAGAACAGAGGUGCAUCCAGAUGUUCAAAGCCAGGUCAGAAAUAUAAGAAUCAAUGAGCCUUAAAUCGUUAGCUGUUCAGAGCAAUCCGCUAAAAGGAAUGAAAGUAACAACUAUGCAAUUUUUGUUAACGUAUACGGAACCAUGAUGAAGGUGUGAUUGGUUGGUUGAUUGAAUAAGUAAAUAAAUUUUAUUCACACACUGC